GUGGCAACCAUGAAGUGGAUGGUGGUGUGGUUGUGUUUCUUCAGUUUUUCUGUUGCAAUUCAAGCCAAACAGGUUCACAACCAUGUCAACAACAUCUGCAGCACUUGGGGCACGCAGCACUUUAAGACUUUUGAUGGUGAUGUGUACCAGUUUCCUGGCUUGUGUGAGUACAACCUGGCCAAAGACUGCCAUGGUUCUGACCCCAAGUUCUCAGUGAACGUUAAAAGGGAGGAAAAUGAUGGAAACAUUGCAAUAAGUUACAUAUCAAUAACUAUCAAUGAAAAUGGAUUCUACCUAAACAAGACCCAUGUCACUGAAAACAGCAUACUAGUCAGCCUUCCACAUUACAGUAGAGGCGUAAAGGUGGAAGAAAGUGCAUUUUACAUCAGUUUUAAAGCUUCAAGAGUUGGCAUCACUGUCAUGUGGAACCGUGAAGAUGCAGUCAUGGUGGAAGUUUCAAAUAACUAUAGAAACAAAACCUGUGGACUUUGCGGAGACUUCAAUGGUGUUCCUGUCUAUGAUGAGUUCAUUGUCAAUGGUUUUAAAAUCAGCCCCAUUGAGUUUGGAAACCGCCAUAAAAUCCAUCUACCAAAUGAUGACUGCAAAGACCCGCAUGAAGACAAAGAUGAGUCAUGGAAGUCUGGAAAUGUGUCAAGUUCUUGCAAGAAUUUUCAAACCAUCUGUGAAAAAGCAUUUCUCUCCAAGUCCUGGAGUUCAUGCAAUGAACAAAUUGACCCUGAAGCUUACAUUCAUGCAUGUGCCAUAGACAUGUGUGCCUGUAACAACAGCACCAAUGACUCCUGUGUCUGCAGCACAAUGUCUGAGUUUUCUCGUCAGUGUUCCCACGCAGGAGGACAGCCACCUAACUGGAGAUCUCAAUUAUGUGGUAUGUUUUAUUUUUAUUUAUUUAUUGUGAAAAUGUUUUUUUAAACA